AGCUGCGCUCAGUCCAAUUAGAUCGGUCGGCGCAGCCAGUUCGUGAGUUCGAGCAGCGGCGCACAGCAAUAAAAUCGAGCAGUGUUCCAAGUCUUCGGCCCCAAGUCGCUGACGCCGAGGGCGGCGCAGAAAACUUGGCUCCUUUUUGCGAGAAAAAAGGGCGCGCGAGUGGAGCUCCGCGAUUAACGGAUCUUGAUCCUAUGCGAACUAGUUUUAGAUUGCGCAAUUUUGAGCAACAAUCGUGCAAAAGGCAACUGUUUAAGUGCGCGUCGCCGAGUGAAAUUCGAUAGUAAAACGCAAAACCAAACGACGAUCGGCGGCUCUGAAAAGCCGUUUAAAAACAAAAGCAAAUAUAACUGAAACCCAACUAAAAACACAAAAAAAACAGGGCAACAUGGCGACCGCCGCCUGCGUCCGCUGCGCCCAACAAAAGCAGAAACAAACGCAACAAAAACAAAAACAACAACUACAACUUGAAGAAGGGGCGCAGGCGCAACAGCGACGCAACAGCCCGCGGAUUCUGCACAUUUACAGCGCGUGGGCGUUGAUCACUCUGUUGGCCGCCAGCGCCGCCAUGGUCCAAAGUGCAGCAGUCUUUGGCGACCUGAUGGCGCACCCGACUUUCAAGCCGCUCUGCAGCGCCCAGCACGAGCACUUCAUCGAGAGCGAGGGCCGGGAAUCUAGUCUCAUCAUCGAACUCAAGCCGGGGGCCUACGGAGCCGAACACCCCUCCUGCGCCCGCAUCCUGAGUGCCCCGCCCAACUACGGCUUCAUAGUGCGCCUUAUCCUGCCGAAGCUGCGACACAACCAGCCCUUGGAUGCGGCAACCACCAGGAGUCCCACCACGAACAUCAUGGCAGCCUCACCUGGGAGCAGCAACUCUUCCAAGCUCCGGCGAACAGCCAAGUCCGGCGGCGUCAUGGAGGAUUCAGUGGCUCUCAACUCAACGAAGGUCGUCGUCUCAUCAGUGGGUUCCCGGGUUUUGGGGCGAACCUGCCCCCUGAACAUUUUUAGCUCGCUGGACCCGCACACGCCCCAGUGGCGAGUGGACCCCUGCCAGUUGGAGGACACCGCCUCGGAGAUGGAGGACCCGGUGCGGCUCUUCCACGGACGGGUGAAGAUCGUCUGGGAGCACGGCCAGCACGCCCUGCGCUCCAAGCUGAUGGUCACUGUUCUCGGGAAGGGCGACCAGUGCAAGGAUGGCACCAAGCACCAGUGCCUGAGGAUCGGCGAUGAACCCAUCCUGUGCAUCUCCAAGGAGCUGGCCUGCGACGGCAUCCGGCACUGCCCGUACAGCAACGAGUACGACAGCGACGAGGACUACGAGCUGUGCUCGAAGCGGCGUCGCCCGGGAGCGGGUCACCUGGCCGCCGGCCUGGAGUCGGACCUCUUCGAGCAGUUCGCCAUGGAGGUGUUCCGCAACCUGUUCAUCAACGACGCUCCCACGGCGCCGGAGGAAGCGCCGCGCAACGGGAGCGCCGGAGCCGGGCUUCCGGACGCGGACAACUCGACCACCACGCUCCGCAAGGUGCACACCAAAGACAUGAAGAAGCCGGGCGGCGACGGGUCGCCCAACUCCAUUGGGCCCGGCCUGGCGACGGCGGACGAGGGGGAGCAGCCACGCCCGGAGAACGAGACGGCCGAGAUGGGAGUCGGCGGCGGAGGAGGGGGCAGCGGCUUCACCCGGCGCAAUUCGACGCGCUCCGGCCUCCACUCGGACCUCUCGAAGUACGGGCCCUGGGGCUACCUGAUGCUCGGCAUGCUCCUGUGCGGCGGAGCCCUGCUCAUCUGCGGCCUCUGGGCCUCCGCCUCGCAGCACGCGGUCAACAACGAGCGGGAGGCGGCGCUGGCCGCCGCCAACGGUGGCGCAGGUGGUGGCCCCGACCACCUGGGCGCCACCUCGCCGCCCAACUACGAGGAGCUGGACCCCCCGCCCGCCUACUCGGUGCUCUUCCCCAACCAGAAGGCGGCCAGCAGCAACACCCUCAACCUGGAUGCUGCGGCUGCCAGCACGACUACUGCAGCAGCAGCGGCCGCAGCAGCGGCAGCAACAGCAGCAGCUACUGCAGCGGCUACCACUCUGGCAGGGGCAACCACCAGCAACCAGCAGCAUCUGCAGCAGGAACAGCCAACGAACUAGAUUGUAAGCCUGACCAGAGGGCUCCUGCGCCUGGCAACCGUAGCUCCGUAAGCUCCCCAACAUCUCUCCGACUGACUCUGAUGCAAUUAGCUUAAACCAAUUUAGUGAUAGCCUUAAGUGUGACUCUAUGUUAAAUGUUUGACUACAUAUACUAUGCUAACGCCUAACGAUUAACGAUAACGGUUAAAGAUUAAAGAUUAACGACUAAAGAUUGACCACCCAGCCGUCCUGUCAACGCCGCUGUCGCCAUCGGCACACGGCAGACCCAAUUAGCUUCCGAUAAUUGAAAUAAAAUAGUAAUUGUAAUGAUAAUGAUGAUUGUAAAAAGGAGCUCUGCAGCUGCAGCAGCCUAAACUGACGAAUCGAAUAACUUUUGUAACUCUGUUAAUUUAAAAUUUAAUGUGAUAUAAAUUUAAACUGAAUAAAAGCAAAGUGUUUAA